AUACUAGCGCACUCUAAAGAUACAGGGCUAGCGUAACCUGCGUAACAAGGAUAAAUUUAACCGCCAUUUGAGUUUGUUUUGCUGGCAGGCGACGGUGUGCAAAGCGAAAUUUUGUAAAUUUAGAAGCGUUUAAUAGUGAUUCUUUAACAGUAAUCUUUGCUGCAUCUCGUUUAGUGCUCGUGUUGCGUUAUAUUCUAUCACGGACAUGGCAGUGCAACCUAACCAACAGUUUAACAUGGAUCCUCCUACGCAGCAGAGCUUUGUCAGAUUUUUUAAAAAUCUCCCAGAGAAACUUGAUACCACGAUACGGUUCUUCAAUAGAUCAGACUAUUAUACAGUACACGGAAGCGAUGCUCUCUUUGCCGCACAGGAAAUAUUUAAAACAACGUCCGUUUGUAAAAAGAUUGGAGCUGAGCCGCAUAAAACAGAAGGAGUUAUUCUUAAUAAAAGUCAUUUCGAGACGUUUGUGCGCGAUUUGUUGUUAGUAAAGCAAUACAGAGUUGAAGUUUAUGUCAAUCAAGGCUCGUCUAAAAAUCAGAACUGGAUCUUGGAGUACAAAGGUUCGCCUGGCAAUCUAUCUCAUUUCGAAGAUAUCUUGUUCGGCAAUAAUGACAUAGCUGUUGGUGUAUCCGUAAUAGCUGUGAAACUGGGUACAGAAGGAAAGUCCAGAGUUGUCGGCUUAAGUUGUGUAGAUGUCGUUUCAACUCUAAUAUCAGUCACUGAAUUUCAAGAUAACGAAUCAUUUUCAAAUCUAGAAGCGGUCACUGUAACUCUUGCUCCAAAAGAAUGUUUAUUGAUUCAGGGUGAAGGCAGUUCUGAGUUUCAAACUCUCAAGCAAUUAAUGGAAAGAAAUAAUGUAAUGGUUACUUUACGAAAGAAAAAUGAAUUUGCUAGUGACUCGAUCAUAGACGACCUAAACACGUUGAUAAAAUUUAAAAGAGGACAAAAACAGAAUGCACAAUCUUUGCCUGAAGUCAACUUGAACUUAGCUAUGUCCGCAACGUCUGCUCUCAUUAAAUACUUAGAUCUAACAUCGGACGAAGGCCACAUGAACCAAUUUAAACUGAAUCAAAUCGAGCAGUCGCGAUACAUAAGAUUGGAUUCUGCGGCAAUAAAAGCUCUUAACAUCGAACCACAUACUGAUACAAUUUCGAACUUACAUGGAAACCCAGUCGCUAGUGUUUUAACAUUAUUAGAUAAAUGUAGAACCCCGCAUGGGCACCGAUUGAUCGCGCAAUGGGUUCGACAGCCACUUAAAGAUUUAUCUCUAAUAAAGGAACGGCAUGACGUCGUUGAACUAUUAGUGAAAAAUAACGAAUUAAGAUCCACUCUUAGUGAUGACUAUUUAAAACGUAUACCAGAUCUGCAACAGCUUGCUAAGAAACUAGCUAGAAAGAAGUCGACGUUGCAGGAUUGUUACAAGAUCUAUCUCUGUGUGUCAUACUUGCCAAAAUUAUUGGAACAGCUGUCAUCAGAAGGAAAUGUGACAGCGUUGAAAGUAAUGAUAAUGGAUCCAUUAAAGGAACUUAUAGAGGAUAUGGAUAAAUUUCAACAGCUUGUAGAACAGACGAUUGAUUUAGAUGCUGCUGAGAAGGGUGAUUUUAUGGUCAAUCCAGGAUUUGCAGAUGAUUUGAAAACAUUAAAAGACGCAAUGGAUGAAAUUGAGGAAACCAUACAGCAACAGCUGAAUAAGGCAGCAAAUGAUCUUUGCUUAGAAGCAGGAAAAACAAUAAAGUUAGAAUCUAAUCAACAGUUUGGCUAUUAUUUUCGUGUUACAUUAAAGGAAGAGAAAAUACUUAGGAACAAAAAGAAUUACACCACUUUGGAUUCUAAUAAAGCUGGCGUAAGAUUCCGAAAUAAUAAAUUAAACGAAUUGAAUGAUGAUUUCAUCGAUGCCAGAAAUAAAUACUUGGAAAGGCAGAAGGACGUCAUUACAGAAAUUGUAGGAAUUGCAGCUGGCUAUAGCGACAUAGUGCGUACUAUCGGUGGCGUGUUGGCAUGCCUCGAUGUUCUCACUGCAUUUGCUACUGCAGCAGUAAGCGCUAAUAAGGUGUAUGUGCGUCCUAAAAUGGUGCCGAGUGAAGAAGGUGAAUUAAAUCUCGUUCAAAUCAGACAUCCGUGUUUGGAAAUGCAACAAGGUGUUGACUAUAUUGCUAAUGACAUCAGUUUUAAGAGAGAUCAGUGUCAUUUUUGCAUUAUUACUGGUCCGAAUAUGGGAGGCAAAAGUACUUACAUUAGAUCAGUUGGUGUAGCUGCAUUAAUGGCUCAUAUUGGUAGUUUCGUUCCUUGUGAUAAAGCAACUAUAUCGUUACUGGAUUGCAUAUUGGCUCGAGUAGGAGCUGACGAUUCCCAGUUAAAAGGAUUGUCGACUUUUAUGAUGGAAAUGAUAGAAACCGCUGCUAUUUUAAAAACAGCAACAUGUAAUUCUCUUGUAAUUAUCGAUGAGUUAGGCAGAGGCACGUCUACUUACGAAGGUUGUGGUAUAGCGUGGUCAAUAGCAGAGCAUUUGGCGAGAGAUAUUAAAUCAUAUUGUCUAUUUGCUACACACUUCCACGAGAUCACCAAGUUAGCCGAAGAAAUACCCGCUGUGAAAAAUCAACACGUCACUGCUCUCGUCGAAGACAAUAAAUUGACGUUACUUUAUAAAGUAAUGCCAGGGAUUUGCGAUCAAAGUUUUGGUCUUCAUGUCGCUAAAAUGGCUAAUUUUCCGUCAGUUGUAAUAGACUUCGCCAAAAAGAAACAAGCAGAACUUGAAGAUUAUCAAGGCGUAGCUUUUGAAGGAUCUGAUAAUCCCGAGAAGAAACGGAAGAUUAUUCAGGAGGGUGAAAUUCUUAUUUCGCAAUUUCUCAAGAAAUGUAAAGCUGUGGAUCAGUCUUUACCCGUCGAUGACAUAGUAAGCCAAGUGUCGUCGUUCCAGGAGGAAAUUCUCUCUCACAAAAAUCCUUACGUUGAUGCAUUACUCGGAUGUUCCUAAAUAUCUUUACUACAAGUUAAUUUACACAAACGAAGAAGAGAUGUAGAUAUUUUUCAUUAAAUCGAUUUUGUGUAAUUGCGU